AUGGAAGACCCUACUAUGGCUAAGCCUAGGUUAUGUACAUUCUUGAAGGGCCCACGUGGCCCUGCCAUGUGCAAGAACCCCGGUCCAGGAACGUAUACGCCGAGCCCUAUUAAUAUGGUUAGAAAUCCACAGUGGACUAUGACUGGACGUCAGGCCCCUCCAAAGUCUAAGGAUAUAGGUAAGUUCAUCACGCAGGGCCUGAUAUUGGACGGUACCGACCAGAGAACUGUACAGCUAGAGGCCCUAUAUGGGCUCCCCAAUGGAGCAUGUACUCAAGGCGUGCACCACCGAGUGAAAAGGACAAGUCUCCUGGGCCAGCUGCCUAUAGGUACGGUGUGUAUACAGAUGGAUACAUUAGCAGGCCUCCGAAGUGGUCCUUUUCGACCUCUAAACGCUUCUAAUGGGAGGGAUACUCCAAACGGUCACGAUAGUAGAGGGUUGAGGAUGGAGACACUAGCAUUCCUGGCAUCGGUAUCUCAACGGCUAGCAUUGGAUGAGCCUAUUGUCGGUCCUCCCGUGUUACCUACUACGCUCACGCCGCAGGAGAAUGCUCCCGAAAAGCUAGUGCUAGAGUUGCCGAAAACAGCGCAGGAACAACAGCCUAAGACCCGGGCUAAGGUUAAGAACAAGAAAAAGAACAAAAAUGCCCUAUUGAAUGCAUCACGACCUGCAAGUUCAUUGAGUAAGGCUAGAGAUGCCCUCCGAGGCGGCCCUACCAAGCAGAAGGCUAAGGCUAAGCCCUUCCAGGACAGUUUCUUUGACUUAUAG